GUGUUUGUCAUGGACAUUUAUACAUGAUUUACCUUUCCUACUCCGGCAGCCCUGGAGAAACUCCUGGUCUUGCUGUGAAGCUGCGACAUUUGCACUCCACAAGUUUCCUCCUCCCCCCGGCUCUUUAUUGCGUCCUUUAGUGUCUAACACGGCAGGCCGCACCGCAGCCUGUUCACGCAUAUGCUAUCGCUGUUAGUGAUAGACUCGCUUCUGCGCUGCGUUCCAGUAUUGCACAUUGUCAUCUCCCCAUUCUUCCACAUCUUCUUAUGCAGUGCGGCAUCAGACUGCCCGCUCCGCCGUCUCUCCCGAACGGACCCGCCCAACAGUCACGCCUCAAUAAUUGCCUCGUUCCUUCCAGAGCGUCAUUCAAAGCCAUCUACGGACCCCGUGCAGGGCACUGCUCAACCUGUGGGUCGCCUCGUGCCGCAAGACUACAUGCGACCUGUUUUCGCUCGUUUGCGUCUUUGUCCUGGCUGUCUUUCCUCUUGUGCUCGCGCUUCUCCUUCGACUGUCUGACCCCCCUUCUAGCUGGACUGUAAGGCUCGACGCUUCGCCAUCACAUGGUGAAUCUACUACGCUGGUAACGUGUGCCCCUUCCCAAUUGUUCGCCCUGGCUAAGAUCCUCGUCAUUGGCAUCACGGCCUCUUCUGGAUCUCUUCUGG